GAUCAAAACAUUAAUUGCUAGACUUUCUUUUGUUUUUUUGUUUUGUUUUUUUUUUUUAAGAAAAUGGGUUUGUUGAGUGAGGGAGUUACUCAGGUUGUGAUACCUUUGGCUGCUUUGGUUGGGAUUGGAUUUGCUCUGCUUCAGUGGUUCUUGGUGUCAAGAAUUAAAGUUUCUGUUGGGUCUGGUGAGGAACACGAUGGCAUCACAGAUAGGCUGAUUGGAGCAGACCAAGAAGAAGGUGUUGACACUCUUGAGGUUACCAUCAAGUGUGCUGAAAUUCAGAAUGCCAUCUCUGUUGGGGCAACUUCUUUUCUGUUCACUGAGUAUAGAUAUCUCAGUAUCUUCAUGGGAGUUUUCGGAGUGAUUAUCUUCCUCUUCCUUGGCUCGGUUAAGGGUUUCAGUACCAAAAGUGAGCCCUGCACUUACAACAUUGGGAACACUUGUAAACCAGCCUUAGCCAAUGCCAUCUUCACUACCAUUGCCUUCUUGCUUGGUGCUUUAACAUCUGUCCUUUCGGGUUUUCUUGGUAUGAAAAUCGCAACUUAUGCCAAUGCUAGAACGACCCUUGAAGCAAGGAAGAGUGUUGGGAAGGCCUUCGUUACUGCUUUCAGGUCAGGAGUUGUGAUGGGUUUUCUCCUUGCUGCCAAUGGACUUUUAGUACUCUAUGUCUCCAUCAAUUUGUUUAAGUUGUACUAUGGUGAUGACUGGGAAGGACUAUACGAAUCGAUUACCGGGUAUGGACUUGGAGGCUCUUCAAUGGCGCUCUUUGGAAGAGUUGGUGGAGGGAUAUACACAAAAGCAGCUGAUGUUGGUGCUGAUCUUGUUGGCAAAGUUGAAAAAAAUAUCCCCGAAGAUGAUCCACGAAACCCAGCUGUUAUAGCAGACAAUGUGGGGGACAAUGUAGGAGACAUUGCAGGGAUGGGGUCUGACCUGUUCGGAUCCUACGCUGAGGCAUCCUGCGCAGCACUCUUUGUUGCCUCCAUUUCAUCCUUUGGCACACACCAUGACUACACAGCCAUGUCCUACCCUCUGAUCAUAAGCUCAAUGGGGAUUGUGGUUUGCUUGAUAACAACUCUUUUCGCGACCGAUCUCUUCGAAAUCAAGAGCAUAAGCAAGAUUGAAUCGACCUUGAAGCGGCAACUUCUCAUCUCAACAAUAUUGAUGACAGCCGGGAUUGCCAUUGUCACCUACUUUGCUUUGCCAUCAGAAUUCACUCUUUUCGACUUUGGAACUGCCAAAAUUGUCAAGAACUGGCAUCUUUUCUCUUGUGUUGCAAUUGGAUUAUGGGCUGGACUUGCAAUUGGAUACAUAACAGAGUAUUAUACUAGCAAUGCUUACAGUCCAGUGCAAGAUGUGGCAGACUCCUGCAGGACUGGUGCCUCAACAAAUGUCAUCUUCGGCUUGGCCCUCGGAUACAAAUCCGUCAUCAUCCCCAUAUUUGCCAUUGCAGUUGCCAUUUAUGUGAGCUUUAGCUUGGCUGCAAUGUAUGGAAUUGCUGUGGCUGCUUUAGGAAUGCUUAGCACCAUUGCCACCAGUCUUGCAAUCGACGCUUAUGGCCCUAUAGGCGACAAUGCUGGUGGAAUCGCAGAAAUGGCUGGAAUGAGCCGCAAAGUACGCGAGAUAACAGAUGCUUUAGAUGCUGCUGGAAACACCACUGCUGCCAUUGGCAAGGGAUUUGCUAUUGGAUCAGCUGCACUUGUUUCUCUUGCUUUAUUUGGUGCCUAUGUGAGCAGAGCUGGCAUAAAGGCUGUAGAUGUCUUGACCCCUAAAGUCUUCAUUGGUUUGAUUGUUGGGGCCAUGCUUCCCUACUGGUUUUCUGCCAUGACAAUGAAGAGUGUGGGAAGUGCAUCUCUCAAGAUGGUUGAGGAAGUUCGACGGCAAUUCAAUUCCAUUCCAGGGCUAUUAGAAGGUAGAGCCAGACCAGACUAUGCAAGCUGUGUUAAGAUUUCUACUGAUGCCUCACUCAGGGAGAUGAUCCCACCUGGUGCAUUGGUUAUGCUUACGCCUCUCAUUGCCGGAACUUUCUUUGGAGUCGCAACUCUUGCCGGCAUUCUGGCUGGUUCACUAGUUUCUGGCGUCCAGGUAUGCUAAAAGAUCAUG